ACACCGAUUCGAAAUGUCAAAAAGUGCUUCAAUAUGUAUUCGUUGCGCGAAUCGGCUUGAUUAGUAAAUUGGAUGGGAGUAUUAUUGUUUAUCAUUUGGUAUUACAAUGCACAAACAAAUUUGGUUUUUCGAUCCAUUGAAAUAAUUUCCAUUUUUUGACUGAUUACCUCGAAUUCUCAAACGGUGGUGGAAUCGCACUCAGGCAAACACGACAAAAAAUAUUCGUCAACUUUUUCAAUUUCAUCAGUUUUUCACUAAAUAUAAGUGGUUUUAAAAAAAAAUGGUGAAAAUGACGUCGCCGAUGGCAGCUUUCACUUAUUUUGCCAAAAGUCAGCCGGGAGAUAUUUGCGGAAGCAAUGGGUUGCCUUUAACCCCAAAUUCAAUUGUGAUUUUAGGCCGGUCACAAUUUCUGAAAUCCAUUCAACAUGAAAACCUUUGUGAAUAUCUAGACAUCAUUCGAUCGAAGCACGAACGAACAAUUAUCGUGUCUGAAUACAUUGGAAAGUCUUUGAGUGAACAACCGGUACAUAGUUAUGAUGAUGUGCUCAAAAUCUUUUAUCAAAUUGCCAGUGGAUUGAAUCACAUAGACACUCUUGAUAUUACCAUGCAAACACUUGAACCGAAAAACGUACUCGUCGACGAUUUAGGCAACGUAAAAUUAUUCAAUUAUGGCAUGUACUAUCAGACAAAUCAAGGCGAAUAUGUCACUUUUCCUAUCGGGAAUGUCCGGUAUACCUCACCUGAGCGAAUAUUAGGCUCGAAAGAUAAUAUUCUUGGCGACAUUUGGAGUUUAGGCAUAAUAAUAACCGAGAUGAUUUUCGAUACACCACUCUGGCCAUCACUCAACUUGGCCCAAUUUAUGCGCAAGAUUCUCAGUUUGGUGAAUACAAAGAAUGUGCUGGAGAAGAUCGCACGUGAAUGCAAUUUGAUGGACAAAUACAACGAACUGAAUCCAACAUUUCGCAACCUUUUGGAAUCAUGUUUACGGUUUUCACCGAAAGAACGACCCUAUCCGCAUCAAAUACUCCAGCACGAUCUUUUCCAAGAAAAUAUCGAAUAUUAUCAAUACAAAAAACCAGAACCGAGCGAAUUAUUGUUGCUUCAAUGCCCAUUGAAGCAGGUUUACUAUUGGUGGCAAUUAGCUGGUGGUGACGUACACUCAGAACUGAAAGCCGUUGGUUUGAUACGAAAUGUAGCGCCAAUUUUAACAAUGCCAAAGAUUGGUCUGUUGAAUGGGCUUGUCUUGGGGCAGCCACGUAGCCAAAGCAACAUGUACGAUAGUCGAGUGGUAAUGCUAAAUCUGAACACACUGAAAGAACGUUUGACCCGGGUUAAGAAACAAGACUAUUUUCCCUUGGUCUUGACCAAUCAAUACAGUACAAAUUACGGAGCGGAAAUGGAAACACUCCCGAUUGUGAUUCGAGAACGAGACACUGAAUAUCAAUUUCAUCGUGUUUUACUGUUUUCCAAACUAUUAAAGGGCUAUCCCUAUACGCGAGAUAGGAUCAUUGCUGAAGCGCAAAUUGAUAUUCCACCACUGUUGCGUGGUGAUAUUUGGGCGUGUUUACUGAAUGUGCUGGAAGAUAAUAGCUACGAAGCGAUUGAUAAAUACACACCAACUGCGACCGAUCGUCAGAUUGACGUUGACAUUCCACGAUGUCACCAAUACGAUGAGCUAUUAUCAUCGCCAGAAGGUCAUCGGAAAUUGAAGCGUCUGCUUAAAGCAUGGGUAAAAGCCCAUCCUCAAUACGUUUACUGGCAAGGGUUAGACUCAUUAACCGCACCAUUUCUCUAUCUUAAUUUCAACAACGAGGAACGUGCAUUCCUCAGUUUGUAUAAAUUUAUUCCGAAAUACUUGCAAUGGUUCUUUUUGAAAGACAAUUCAUCCAUUAUAAAGGAAUAUUUGAGCAAAUUUUCCCAAUUGACUGCAUUUCAUGAACCGAUUUUAGCAAAUCAUCUAAGAGACAUCAAUUUUAUCCCGGAAUUAUUUGCUAUCCCGUGGUUUUUGACUAUGUUCUCACAUGUGUUUCCACUUCAUAAAAUCAUUCAUCUGUGGGACAAACUGCUUCUUGGUGACAAUUCUUAUCCGAUAUUCAUCGGAAUAUCGAUUUUGCAACAGCUUAAAACCACUUUGCUGAGUUCAUGCUUUAACGAUUGCAUCCUACUAUUUUCGGAUCUGCCAGAUAUUGUGAUGGAAACAUGCGUUGUGGCCUCGCAAAAAAUGUAUGUUUCAACUCCAAAAAGUGUAACCUAUCGAAAGCAUGUGUUACGAGACAAUGAACCAGGCGAAUUUGAUAUAAAUGGGAUCGAAUUGAAAGAUUUACAAGAUGAGCGUUGUCCUAGAAUUAGUGCGAAUAAUGUGAUUGAACUGAAUAAGGAAAAACCGGAAGAAAUAGCUGUCAUUGACCUUCGAAGCCAUUUGGAAUAUAAUCGAGCUCAUUUGAAAGACAGUAUAAAUAUUCCCUUUGCCUCAAUAUCGUUGAGCGAUGUGAGGUUAGAAGCACUCAAUGUUCCUGACUUAGAAGGACGUUUGAAUAAUCGAGUCGUUGUUAUUGCCAGUAAUUCGCAUGAAAAUGCAAUUUUGUUUGCUCAUUUUCUACUGGACUGUGGAACGAAGAAGGUGUGCAUCCUGCAUAAUGGAUUUAAUGUUCUGCACUCCUAUGUUCCAAAUGUGCUGGAAACAUCAUAAUCGCCUUUCUCCAAUUGAAUUCAACCAAAUGUGAAAGAAAAGUGACAAUUUUUUGAAUUUACUCAUGGUUGUUUGAUUUCAAACAAUUUAUUGUAUUUUAUUAAGAGCUUAUGAAUAAACAUUUAUACGAUGUGUGUAUUUGAAAA